AUGGCCCCUCCACGAGGGAAGGUGGCCGAGUUUAUAUCGCGCUUUGAGCAGACAGCCUCGGCCGAGCCGUCCGCGUUACCUCUUACCUCGUCAGCACCGGAGAAAAUCAGAGCCUCGACGACAGCACCACUUUCGGCGACCAACACACCUCCGGCUCGUCUUUUGAAACCGAGUGCGACAAUCCAACCCAAGUCGGGGAACAUCCACACGGCGCCAAGCAAUCGCCCUACGACACCAAGCAAUCACCUUACACCGAUCAAAACCCCAUCCAACACCAAGUCUUCCAACUUCGGGUUCGAGACUACGGAACACAAAUAUCAAUACCUGGAACCUAAAACCCCCACACCAGAACCGAGACAUCAGAUCAACUCCGUCAGACGAUCCACCGCAAGCCUCAGCUUCCCCUCUGGCCAAGCGCCCACCCCUCCGGUCCCGGCGCCGGCCCGCUCUCAGAUUCCGGCCAACUCAUCAGGCCUUCGUGGCCCAGGCUUCGUCGCGUCGACUGUUCCCACCAAGUCGGGCAGUCUCGCGGGCAGCACAACCUUGGACGCGACACAGAAGAUCAAAAUGGCGGCCAUGGCUGCGGAAGUUGCACUCUCAAAAGUCAGGGAGGAAAUCGCACGACAGCUAUCCUCGUCAUCCUCGUCAAGGGAACCGGGGCCUUCGGAACCCGCGCCUUCGGAACCCGCGCCUUCGGAACCGGAACCGGAGCUGUUGGAACCGGGCCCUUCGGAGCCAAGCCGUUUGGAACCGGGUCCUUUGGAGCCGGGUCCUUUGGAACCAGGUCCUUUGGGACCAGGUCCUUUGGAGCCGGGCCCGUUGGACACCGUACGUGACAGCGCAGUUCCGGGACGAGGGUCGGGGGGCAAAGCUGAUGCAGCCAAGCCCCGAACGAGUCCGAAUCGGGAUUCCAAAGUCGCCCUACUAGAGGGUCCUGGCCCUCCUGAGCGCGGGGAAGAACCUGCCAAUAGUGGCCGUACUGAACCGGAUACCGGGUCCCAGCGCAGACGUUCAGCGGACGACACGCAGGUGGGCCGGCGCGUCUCGUCGUCUGGCGGCAGUAUUGGGAGCCGGUACGGGUCUUCCCCCUGGAUGCUUAACCGGAAACAAACAGACUGGGAGGACUGGGACUGGGGACGGGCCAUGGAAGAGGACGCCGCUGCAUUCCCCAGCAGCGACAUGUUCUACCCAGCGACGGAAACCGACCGACUGGCCAGCAACAACGACGGCUUCCUCGACGACCAGGAGAACUCUGGAGAUAAAAAUCCUUUGGACGUCAGGUCUCCGGAACCCAGCCCCGUUGCAGGUAGGCCCGUAGAAGGCAGGCCCGUGGACGACGGAGCGGAGUUUCGUGCGGUUCCAGGUCGGGAAAGAGCCACGACGUUCCAAGCAGAUCUUUUGCACCAAGCAGUUUCCGGAACAGGCGAUUUCAAUGGACGCAUGCCGACGGAGGUUGGGCCGACGGAGGUUGGGCUGACGGAGGUUGGGCCGACGGAGGUUGCGCCGAAGGCGGUUGGGCCGACGGAGGUUGCGCCGAAGGCGGUUGGGCCGACGGAGGUUGCGCCGAAGGCGGUUGGGCCGAAGGAGGCUGAUGUGGUACUCACGGCCGUUGAGGCAGCGUCGGCAGGGGUGUUUCUAUCGGUGCUGGAGGAAGAGUCAUUAGGUGCCGGUUCGGCAUCGUUGGUGCCGAAUACGCCUGAGUUCCCGGCGGUGCAGGCGGAAGGCGAAUUGGCUCAGGUCCAGUCGGGUGCCUCCCAGCCGAACGUGGUGGACUCGCCGUUUGCUUCGUUCGAUGAACCCCGAAUUCGGCCGAUGUCGUUUGCAGACGAACUGCCCGGCGGGUGGGCCCUCCCGCCGGAGCCAACCAAGUCAGAAGGGCUCGUUACUCACAAUGCGCCCGCGACUGGAGCUGGUCACUCGGGGGCAGUGGACCUCUCCUCCUCCUCCUCCCCUGAACCGUCCUCCUCGUCCUCGUCAGCCGACGAGCACGCAUCUCAGCUCCAGUUCUCACCCAUUAGUUUCCCACCACCUCUCUACCCCCCUUCUCCGUUUCUGGAACAUCGGCGACCGCUGACCAGAUCACAAAUUCCAGGCCAACUACGCAGGGACUCCAAGACCUCUUCGUCAUCUUCCGCGCUCUCUUCAGACCCCAGCUCUCACGGCCGACCGGCUCCGGGCUUCAAUACUUCUGGCUUCGACCUUGGCCAAGACCGUCGUGGAGACCGGCAGCGCUCAAGUCAGGACAGCCGCCAUGGACUCAGAGUCUCCUCCUCAACGAGUGAAGGGCGGUUUUGUUUGGAAGGUGUCCCGUCUGCCGAGGCCGUCACGUCCUCGGCGCUGGUCUUUCGAGACACACCGCCUACUUUUGGCACGGUCGAACUGGACGAGGAUUUGGUCCCUGAGUAUCCCCUGCAACCAGACGACCUGCCGUCAGAGGACCUAGGAACACAGGACCUUGGACCACAGGACCUGGGACCAAAUGACCUGCCGCCAGAACACCUAGGAACACAGGACCUUGGACCGCAAGACCUGGGACCAAAUGACCUGCCGCCAGAGCACCUAGGAACACAGGACCUUGGACCACAGGACCUGGGACUAAAUGACCUGCCGCCAGAGCACCUAGGAACACAGGACCUUGGACCGCAAGACCUGGGACCAAAUGACCUGCCACCAGAGGACCUAGGAACACAGGACCUUGGACCACAAGACGUGGGAUCAAAUGACCUGCCACCAGAGGACCUAGGAACACAGGACCUUGGACCGGUUUUUCUUGGAUCCGAGCACCCAGAUCCCGAGGACCUGGGGCCCGAGAACCCAGUACUUGAGGACGCAGCACUCGAGGAUCCAGCGCCUGAGGUCCCAGUACCCGAGGACUUGGUACCCCAGGGCCUGGCACCCCAAGUCCUGGUGACUGAGCACCUGGCACUCCAGGUCCAAGUGCCCGAGGUCUUGGUGCCGGAGGGCUCACGCCCACAAGACCUAGGGCCAGAGAUAAUACCCGAGGGCUUGGGACUACAAGACCGGGGACCAAAUGACCUGCCACGAGAGGACCCAGGGCCGGAGGACCUGGGGCCGGAAGACCUCAGACCAAGCGUCACGGAUGGGGUUACAAGCGAUAGAAUUCCACCUGCGAACGAAGGUCCCCUCCACGAGCCACCCUCUGAGGAGCCGUCCUCUGAGGAGCCAGAGCCAACGUCCGCGGAGACCCCUUUUGUUGAGUGUUUAAGGCACGGCACCUUAGCUCCUGAGCCUACGCCGACGGAUUCGGAGGACCGGGGGGCUGGCGCGGAAGAAGGGGCGGCAGGAACCGCGGAGGACGGGGGAAGCGACUUGCGUCUGAGUCCGGACGUAGACCGGGUGAACGAGACCGUCCCGGUCACCCAGGCGAUCCGAGUGGAGGCGGCGUCGGAGGACGAGGUUCAUCCUCUGUGUCCGUUUCCCUCUAUGGACUCGUCGGCCCAAGAGAAGGACGGCUCGUCGUUGGUCAUAUCGCCCUCGGCAUCUUCAAGCAAUCAGACUCUCUCACCCAUUACUCCCCGCUCGUCCCAGGCUGCAGCGAACCCGGAUUCGCACAUGGCUGACCCGGUCGCCCAAAGCGGCCGACCCGAGACUCCAGUAGCGGCUUCCGCGGAAGGUCUUGGUUCGAUAGGCCUAGAAACGUCGUCUCCAGAAGGGCCCAAGCCAGAAGGGCCCAGACCAGAAGGGUUCGAACCAGAAGGGUCCAAACCAGAAGGGUUCGAACCAGAAGGGUUCGAACCAGAAGGGUCCCGCCCAGACAUCGGUUCUCCAGAGACCGGCUCUGGAUCUGGCGAGUUGCCUCGAGUGCGGGCUGAAAUGGUGUCGCGCUGCUCCUCGUCUGCGCCGCCCUUGCUUGCGCUUUCCCUAUUCGGUCCCGGGCCCACGUCAAUUCCCGACUCUCUGCACCGGCCCACCGAAUCAGACCAGUCGGAUUGCCAGUCUGAUCAUCACUCAGAAUCACGUCUGUUAGAACGUAAUAAUUGGGGGCAAGAGUUUGGUCGUGAUGAUACCCAAGUGCCCUUCAACGAGGCUGAACGGAAAAUGGCGGAAGCAAAAGAGGUGGUCUCGGAAGAGCCGGACGCUAAGGAUGUGGUAUCGGAAGAGGUGAAACGGGAAGAGAUGGGAAAGACAGAAUUGAAAGACCUGGAAGCAAAAGAUCCGGAAGCGAGUGAGCCGGCAUGGGGACACGCUAUGUCGGAACAGCUGGCCUACGAACAACUUGGUGUAAUAAUCCCCGGCGACGGCGCGGACGCUGUUGCUGUUUGCGACGGCGCUGCACACAUUCCUAUGCAGGAGGCAUCUGCGGCGCCGGAGAUGUCAGUCGACGAUGCGGCGUCGAACCCACGACCUGAUGGUGGUGGAGUGCCGGGUGAUAAAGCGUUGGGCGGUGAAGCGUUGGUCGAAGGAGGGAAUGACGCGCUGUCUGCUGACGCGCAGUCUGCUGACGCGCAGUCUGCUGACGCGCGGUCUGCUGACGCGCGGUCUGCUGACGCGCAGUCUGCUGACGCGCGGUCUGCUGACGCGCAGUCUGCUGACGCGCGACCUGCUUGGCGGUGCCAUGAAGGGCCCGGAGCAGAGGCCUCUACUGAGGAGGGCGGAUCGGCAUCUCGGGACCGAGCGGUAGUUUUGGACGGAUCGGAGCUUCUGCACGGAUCAGAGCCUUUGGACCGGACGGGGGCCCCGGAGAUCCCGUUGCAGGUCCUAGUGGUGCGAGUGAGCGAAGAGGUGAGUGAAGAGCGAGAGGAGGGGGCGAACCUGACGGCACCGGGUGUUUGCGUACCGGCACCGGAGCUAGAUGAGCAGCCGGUGGUUGGUGGCCUAAGUCGAUUGGUCACGGACAACGUGCCAUCGGCCGAGGGCGAGACGACGCGACCCAGGUCUCGAGUGAAGUCGGCCAUUUCGCAGUUGGAGAUGCUGACCCACAGCCGGUCGCCGGCGGAGCCUAGGACGCCGCCUGGCAAAAGCCGGCGAACCGACUUGGAACCGGUGUUCCUGGAAGAUGAUGAACCUUGGCCUACCCGUCCCGCACGGUUCCUGCGUCGUUCGUCCAAGUCUCCCUCUCCUUCCAAAUCGCCCACCGCGGCUGCAGGCCGUGUCGUCAAAAACCCUUCUGGGACCCCAUCCGAGACACACUUCGUUACAACGAUGACUGCGACUAAGACUGAGGGUGAGGAAGCCCGGCGUCCGCCGAGGGGCCUUGAGAAGGUUUUGUCGAGUGAGGUAUGUGGGAACCUGCAGACGGAGCAUACGAAGGAAAGAGGAAGGGAGGCGAAAGAGACAGGAGUAGGGAAGGACCAAAGGGAGCUGAAGGAGACAGGAAGGGACCUGUUGCCGCAAGUCUCCAGCCUUUUGCCGCAGGUCUCCAGCCUGCCACCUCAUGCUUCCAAAGAGCCUUUGCGCCGGAAGAAAACGACGGAACAAUGCUGCGAGGUCUCGCAGCCUUCUCUUUCCUUUGAGGAUCGGAUCGCCUCCUUCGUGCAGGACCUUCCGUCGGACGAGCAGCCAUGCUUCCCCCAAACUGGCUUCCCCCAAACUGGCUUCCCCCAAGGUGUCUUUCCCCCAUCAUGUUUCCCUCAGCUGGACGCUCUCGGGCAAAUGGACCCUCUUGCGCAGAUGGACCCUCUCGCGCAAAUGGACCCUCUCGCGCAAAUGGACCCUCUUGCGCAGAUGGACACCCUCACGCGAAUUGACGGUCUGCGUCAGCCGCUCGACGGCCAACCCGACUUUCAGUCAGACGACGACAUCGUGUUCAUUCCUCAGAUCUCCUCUGUCGGCGCUGCGAAAACGAACUUCUUUAACCAGGGACCCGACUCCGAGAAUGAACAGCCAAUCGGGAACGUGGCAGCACAAUCGGCUGUUGGUAAUCAGUCACUGCUCGACCCACUGGCAUCCCCGAACUGGUUGCUUCCGAACUCAAUGGUAGAUCGACUGAUGGACGGCACAGUCGCGUCUGGCAUCGGGAACGUUACGGCCCACGAGAUACGACUUCCAUUGGCCGAAAUAGCGUCCUCGCCCUUAGGAAGCCCGCCUUCUGGAAAGCCCUCCCCGCCCUGGGGUGAGCCGUCGGCACCGUUGGUGCCGGAGAACGCGUCCGCGGAACGGCCUACCGUGGAGAGACCUACCGCUGAAGGACCUGCAGAGGACGGAGCCACUGUGGAUGGGCCGGCCGAUGGCGCGUUGGCGAGUCCCCCCGCCCCGUUACCGCAGGAGCCAGUGGCGUUGCGGUCCACGGUGGUUCAAAAACUGUUUAGUUCCACACGUCCGGUAGCGAGCCGGGUAGUGCCGAAUUCGGACCUUGAGAGUUCCAUAGUCAUCGAGCCUGAUCGGAUGGAGCAAUUAUUCACAUCCGAAAGCGAGAUCGUUCCGGUAGAAAUGCUGCCCGGGGAGCUCCGAGUGAAGAGUUCUACCAGCCGGGCUUCUACCCACGACAUAAAGGCGACAAACACUAUUGUAGACGCCUCCAUGUUCUCCCUCGUGCUCUCACUAUUAGCCCCAGCAGCCUGCAGCAAAGGUCGUCAUCAAACCGACGAAUGA